UGAGGGCUUUGGUGUAAGUGUCCGUGUCACCUGUGAAUUGAUAAUCUAAGCGGAACCGUUGGCGAUUGGUGCGGACGGUGUGUCGUGUGUUAUUCAGCUCACGUUUUACUAGAGUAUAACAUGUGGUCCGUGAGGAGAACAUUAUUUUCUAUUUUCUGACUGUGACAGACUUUAUUCUUUUGAAAUUAAUAUUUUAAUAUUCAGAAUGGGACAAGGCCAUACUCGCUCUCAUCAUGGUAACGGUACUGGUGAGAAUGGGUCCGAUUCUUCGUCUCAUUCGUUAAGCUAUUCACACUCCAAAAGGAGCACGGCAUGCCUUAUGAAAUUGUUUCAGAAAUUAGAACUAACUGCAGAUGAGGACAAUUGCCACCCAGGGGAGCUGAGUAGAGCAACAUUUGAGAAUGCUUUCCAUGGUCCUCUGGAUAAGUUUGGGAAGCUACUGUACCUACAGAUGUCACAUAACCAUGGCAACCACACAAGAGAACGCAUCACCAAGGAGCAGUUUGUCAAGUCAGGGAAAGAGAUCAUCAGAAUGUUUGAUGAGGCUGUGCAGCUCAAGUAUUAUUUUAAUUUGUUUUCAGCAGCAAAAGAUCACAUGAACAAAGAAGAUGCCCUGCAGAUGAUUAAUGUGUCGUACGCCCUGACCUUGUCGGCCUCCUCUAUACCAUUCAACAAAACCAGCAAUGACGAACAAGUCUUCUCCGCUAUGGUUCAGAGCAUGUUUGGUAUGAAUGAGAAUCUGACAUUUGAGGACUUUAAGCAGUGGACCCAUCGGCACAGUCCACACAUCUUCUGUGGAGUUCAUAACUGGGUGUACACCAUCAUGACGGGCUCAAAGAUGCCAGAGGAACAGGAAGUGGUUGCCCCAGUACCACUCCUGGAGAAAUUUGUGGAGGGAAAGUACUGUAUGUGUAUGGGUAUGUUAUGGGCACUCUCUACUGUCCUUCCCCAAUCCUAUACAAGUACCCACUCGGACAGCAAAGAGGAAGGCAGCGAGGCAUCCUCAUCCUCCACGAAGAAUCCACUCCUUACCUCAUACAUGGUCAUCAUGAAACUUGCUCGCCUAUCAAAGUGUCAGAGUUGGGCAUUACUAUAUGAUAGCACAGAGCAUGGACUGUCACAAAACAGAUUUGGUCAUCAUGUGAUGUCAUACCAGGGACCAACGAUGACCUUGGUCUCGUUUGAAGGUCGUAAUGUGUACUGUAUAGCAGAGGAUCGACAAUGGAGGGAAGGGACACAGAAAUUUGGGGAUGUGGACAGUAUGUUGAUACAGCUUACUCCUGUCUACAGAGUCAUACAAUCUGGUGGCCCCCUGGUUCAGUGGAAUGAACACUCACGUGAUGUCAAGAAAGGGAUUCACGUUGGUAAGGACUCUAAAUCCUUGGUCCUGUUCAUCCCCUCCGACUUCGACAAAGUUGAACACUACCACAUUCCAAAUGAAAUACAUAAACUUGAGGUUUGGGGGUGUGGCUCAGAGAAGGCUAAGGAUGCACAGAUUCAACAAAGGAAGUGGGAAUACAAGGAUGCAGAAAAACACCAAACAAGAAAACUUCGACUGGACACCAACUGGGAUGAGAACCCAGACAAACAGAUUCUUCAGUGGGGUGGCAUCAAUGUUGAUCACCAGUACUCUAGAGACGGUGGCUUCUGAGUCCAACAUUUACUUCUUCAUCUGAGGUUUCGCUAAAGUGGAAAGAUGCAACCCCGGUGUCUAUUCUUAGUGAAGGGAGACAACUCUGGUGCCUACUAACAUUCCUUUAAAGGGUGAUGACUCUUGGUGACAACCUCAGCAUCUGUAAAAAUCAUAAACUUAGUACAAAAACAGGAAGGACACAUUUGACAAACAUCAUGAUAGUAUUCUUUAAAACCUGUCGCUAUGGUUACCAGAGUUAGAUGUAUUCCCCACACUCAGAAUAGGUCUUGUUUGUGUAGGUAUAUUUUGAUGUGAGAAGCAUGAGUAAUCUUAUUAGAAUCAGCUACCAGCUACAACUCGGCGGGCUUCUGUGAAGGAGAGCUAUUGCUUUACCCUUCAGCUAGGUAAAAGUUUUUUUUAAACAUGUAACACGACCUUUCUAUUGAUACCACAUUUGUGGACCUGCUGACCUUGACCCUGGCCAUGACCUCUGACUAAUAUUUAAAAGCUAAUUCUGAAUUUCAACCCACACGGGUAGCUAUGUUGUCUUCAGUCAAAUCUAGUUAUUCAAAUGUCGAAGUCUGUAACAGGUUGAUAUCAUUUUCUAAGUGUUUGUUUGAAGGAUGAUUAAUUAAUUUUUUUUGUUAAUUCAGUUAGAAAUUAGUACCCUGAAAAGUGAUGAUGUGAUGACGGAUGACACCCGUGAUGAGUGUGAGGUCAGCUUACAUACAGUAUAAAAUGGUAAUAAUUUUGUAUAUUACCAUGUUUUUUGCUGUAUUUGUUUGUUAUUGUGCUUGGUAUGGUGCUUUGUUUAUUUAUUAAUAUACAUGUAUUCAUUCACAAACCUGUUUAAUUAGUAUAUGUUUCGCUAAGUGUUGAGAGAAAAUAUUUAUAUAUAGCCCUGACCCUGAGGACCUUGUAGAAAUCCGAACAUUUUCCUUUUUUUAUUUAUUUUGAAAUUAAGUGCCAUCCAUUUAACAUUCCUAAUGAUGCUAGAUUUUGGUUUAUAAUAGUGUGAUGUUGGGUCGUUCAAGACAUACUGGCCAUGUUUGUGUAGUGAUAGGAAAGUGUAUGAUCUUGGCCAGAUUUCACUUAUCUUUAUAUCUGUAGUUUGUCGGUAGUCAGGAGUAAGAUAGAGUCUUUUUCAGCCAGAAUUAUCCUUAAUGACAGUUUCUGGUAUUGUAAAUGAUAACAUUACUACCGGGAACCAUAAAAAUAAGUCAAAGUUAACUGGGAAUGCUACAUAUUAACACUGAUUAAAAUCCUAAAUGUAAAUUCAGCAUAAUUACAAUAAUCAAAACCUUAAUGUUACACAAUUACAUUAAAAUCUGGGAUGUCGAUGUAAAUUCAGCAUAAAGCAUAAUCACAUUAAUCAAAAACUUAAAGGGGCAUUCCUUCUUUUGCACAGCAGAAACAUGCACAAUUUCCAUUGAUGAAAUCUAUAUCAGAACGAUGAUUAUAGAGUGUUUGUGCCUUCAAAUAAUGAAAUUAACGCCAAACUGUACAGGGAAAAGGCCUAUCAUUUACAAAUACCGUAUGUUUUUGCGGUAAUUAGUGAUACUUCGGGUCAAAUGAAGAAUUUUCAGGACUUAAUACUCGAAGAACUUUGAUUUAUCUUGAGAAUAAAAUUGCCUUAUUAAUGUAAAGAUUUUAACUUUUACCAUUUCGAAAAAAUACAUAUAUUCCAGUAAGUUUGAUUUUGACGACCUAAACUUUAUUCAAACAAAGAAAUGCCCCUUUAAUAUUAUACAAUUACAGUAAAAUCUCCGAUGUCAAUGUAAAUUCAGCAUAAAUAAAAAAAACUUGAAAUUACACAUUUACCGUAAAAUCUCCAAUGUAAAUGUAAAUUUAGCAUAAUUACAUUAAACAAACCUUAACGUUACACAAUUACAGUAAAAUCUCGGAUGAAAAUGUAAAUUAAGCAUAAUUACAUUAAUAAAAAACUGAAUAUUACACAAUUACAGUAAAAUCUUGAAUGUAAAUGUAAAUUAAGCAUAAUUUCAUUAAUAAAAAACUGAAUAUUACACAAUUACAGUAAAGUCUCGGAUGUAAAUGUAAAUUAAGCAUAAUUACAUUAAUAAAAAACUGAAUAUUACACAAUUACAGUAAAAUCUCGAAUGUAAAUGUAAAUUUAGCAUAAUUACAUUAAUCAAAAACUGAACAUUACACAAUUACAGUAAAAUCUUGGAUGUAAAUUCGGGAUAAUGACAACAAGUAUAUAUGUACUGUUUAUUGAAAGACAGGGCUAAGAUACCCAUAUUUACAUUAUGUCUCAGUGAAUUAUUCGAAUAAAAACUACUAGUAGUUAUGAGGAGAAGGAGUCACAUAUUUUUUCAUUAAGAUAUAUCUAUAUAUCCUGACUUAUAUACAAGCUAAUAUUUAUACAGACUAUAAUGUUUUUGUAAGAAGUAUUUUAAUUGAUGUGAAAAUUGAAGAGUAUUUCAUUUUAACCUAUGUAUAUGUGUUACUUUGUUCUUGUUUCCGUUUGAAAUGUGAUAUUUGCUUCUGAGUCGUGUUAAGAACUUGUGGACCACAUGUACGGGUAAAAUGUAAGAUAAAUGUGGACCUAAACAACAAGUACCUGCUUUCUGUUGAAAGUGAUUUGAUAAAGUAUGAGAGUGUAAUUGUAUGCACAAAUUUUUGUGCAUUUUCAAAAUGUAAAUUGGCAUAAUCAGGAUGGGUAAACUACGUCACAAACAUUACUAUAAGAGAACAACAAGAUGGCGGAUGCUUCUCACGCUUGUCGGUUAGUCUGUCUUACUUUUUACUCUCAUCCCGCGCCUUCCCAUUUAUCGAUAUGGUCGAAAGUACAUUUGAUGCAUUCAAGAUUCUUUGUCUGACAACAGAUUAUUCACAGAAUAUGUGGCUGUUUCAAUCAUUCAAAGACCAUCCUCGUAUACUCGUGACUUUGACGGUGUUUUCGUCAGGUCGUUGUUUCAUCCGACAAUUUAAGUUUAGACAGAAUAUUGAGAUAGAAUAAUUUCAAAAACACGUUAUUUAAACACCAUUCGCCUAUUACUAGUAAAUCGACAUUUUUGGUUGAAAAACGACAAAUGUUAUUAAGGGUAUUUAUGUGUGAAUUAUUUCUACAAUUUCAGGUGUUUGUCCUGACGAAAACACCUUCAAAGUUACGAGUAUACAAGGAUUGUCUUUGAAUGUCUGAAACAACCACAAAUUCUGUCAAUAAUCUGUUGCCAGACAAAGAAUCUUGGAUGAAUCAAAUGUACUUUUGAGCGUAAUGAUAAAUGGGAAGUCGCAAGAUAUAUGUAAAAAUUAAGACAGACGUACCAAGAACAGCUAACAGCUUAAAGAAGCGAGAAAUGCAUUCGCUAUCUUGUUCGUCUCUUAGUAACAUUUGUGACGUAGUUUCCCCACCGUGAUAAUGACAGUAUCUGUACAAUAACAGAAAAAAAUAAUAUCUUAAAAGCUUAAUCACAUAAUCAGUAUUUUGGGAGAAGAUAUAACCACCAAAACACUUAAUUAAUUGAACCUAACAGCUUAAAUAGGAUUGUUUACUGUAUGCUUUUUAUAGAAAGUCGAAAUUUGUUCUGUUUUUUAUUUAAAGUCAUUAUGAAAAGGGUAAUUUUUAAGUUUGUUUGGAUCACAAUAUCAAAUUUUGGUUUUUCAGGGUAUGUUCAAUUUAUUAACAAAUGCAACUAAUGUAGCACAAUUUUGAAAUCUACAACAAUGAAUUGUAGAAUUUAAAUUUGAAAUCUACAACAAUGAAUUGUAGAAUUUUAUUUUGAAAUCUACAGCAAUGAAUUGUAGAAUUUAGUUUUGAAAUCUACAGCAAUGAAUUGACGUAGAAUUCAAUUAUGAAAUCUACAACAAUACAUUGUAGAAUUUAAUUUUACAUUAAAGGCUUAUCAUACCAUGAUUAUUGUAUUGAACGUACAAACUGUAUUCCUACGCAAUGCUUCCAUUAGAUCAUGCUUAGCAAGGACACAAUGUCAGGAAACUUGUAAAAAGUGAUGUUGAAAUUAUCAUAAUUGAAGUAAAUGGCUGAGUGCAUGAUGCUCCCUUUGAAGAUUCUUUUACUACAAUGAAAGCUGACGUUACGGACCACUGACUUUGACGACAUCCUAUCAUCUGAACAUAUCCCUAGAAGUGUGAUAUGCUCCACUCUCUUUGCUGUCACUGAAUUGUCGACACAGUCAUGUCCGACAUAUUGAUGCAGUCCAUUCCAAUGUUGUUAAAGUCAGCUUUCACUAUAAAUGUAAAUUUGUCUUCUCAUAAAGGAUGAAAUUAAGCAAUAAGAAUAAUAUAAUUGUAACUUCUUGCCAGUCGUAAAGGUGUAUGGAUUAUCUUACGGGGAAAUUUCCAAGCAACAAUUCAAAUAUGAAGUGUAUGUAUACAUGUAAUACAUAAAUGGACUGUUAGUAGGGAAUUCAUCCCUGUGGAUAAUUUGACAGACACUAGAAUGUUAGUUUGUGUAAUGGACAUACCUCUCUACAACAAAUCUUGUGUGACGGCUAGAGGGACAGAGAGACAAUCAGCUCAAUUAAAAUUAUGAAAUAUA